AUGAUAGAUUCCCUGUCUACUGAACUUCGGUUGGCCAUUCUAGAAUGUCUGUCCCCGCUUGAUCUUCUCUCCGCUGUCAGAGCCUCGCCAAUCUUAUAUCGCACUUUCGUCGCCUACAAACAAUAUCUUCUCAGACAUACUCUCCGUCAGGCCAUCCACCCGACAUGGGGAGCGGACGUAUCUACCGCGCUGGACGCCCAUAAUGUCCCCAAGCUGAUCAAGUCCGGCAAAAGCAUUGCCAAAGUUAAGGCUGAAUGUUUCUCGCUCUUUGCCACCGACCGCACUCGUCGGCGUCAGAAUAUUGACCAGUUUACCGUGGAUAAUGCGAACCUCGAUACGUUGUUUUACCUCCAUGUCAAUAUUGAACGCCUGAUCGAUAUCUAUUGCCACUGGUCACUGGGAAAUCUAAUCUCGCACUAUGAAAAACCAAAACCGUUCCAAAUGACAACCAUCCACCCAAGAGCGAAUCUGUCAUCUACUGAACAGGCCCAUCUUCAGCGGGCGUUCUACCGAUGCGAAAUUUAUGCGAGAUUCCAGAGCGUGUUACAUCUCCUCACCGACAAAAGUGCAGCCCUGAAUUUCUCUCAGAUUGGUUUGCGCUUCGUCUCGCAAUUCACGCUCUAUGAGUUUGAAGAGGUUAUCAGCGUGCAACAAUUCCUCGCUCAGUUGAUUAGAUUGCUCUGCGAAAGAGUCGAGGAUGGGGUUAUGGCUUCUUUGUUCCCUCGCUGGUUCUAUCAAGAUCUUGGUGAGCUUUCGUUCCUCACAGAGUCAUAUCGAGACACCCACCAUUCGGGCCAUGUGAAAUUCCUUGUAUCAUGUGGCUUGCCAUACAUCCUACAUCUGAGUCUCAUGGAACCGCAAAGCCUCAAACAUGCCAUGCUCAAAUCAUACCUGGAAUCGCGCGAGAACACCGUCACAAACUUCUUUCCCCAGGGUGGACUAGACAUCAGCUCGUGCGACGAGAAACAGAGAAAUAUCGUCCUUCGGGGUAAACUGGUUUCCAUCCCCCGUGAUGAAGUUAGCAGUUCCAAUCUAGGCUGGAAAUGGGGUACGAGUUUCCACGACUUUGUCAAACCUGAUAGUCCCGCUAUGUUCGAUUUGCGGAAUCAGGGCUAUGUUUUCUGGGAUCAGGACCGACUGCAGGAAUCGGGUCUUGUGAAUGAGCCAUAUCUGGUUUGCGUCGGGGCAAAUUAUUUCCCGCCUGGUCACAGAGGUCCGUUUCUGAGGCCGAGUGUUGAGGAGAGGCUUGGUGGCCUAUGGGUGGAUUUUAAGGCCUCGAGGAAAGUGAAAGUGAAAGAUGAAUAG